GCCAUGAUUAGCAAGCAAGGAAAGCCAUAGCUUACGAAAUGUUUUUAUGUCAUAGUUAUUAGGUAAACUAUAAGACUUUACUGACUAUAGUAUCAAAGUAGGUAUGUUUUACUUGCCUAAUGCUUGAUGUGACACAAGAAACUGAAAUAUAUUCAGCACUCGCCAUGAAUUAUGUUCAGUGGGCUCAGUGGCCUAUGCAGCCAUCAGCCUAUGCUAAUGUACCGCAUGGACAAGUUGACUGGGCGGCCCUAGCACAACAAUGGAUUACGCGCAAAGAGAGUGAGGUAGUGGACGACGUGCCACCAGGAGUGGACAUGGUAGGACACGCCGAAACAACUGGAUCAGGAGAGAAUACUAAUGACAGCCAGACGUCUGCAAAUGCUGGUACAAAUGACUCGUACAGUAUUUUACACACAAACUGCAACACUUAUAUGAGCAGUCAAGAUCCAAUGUAUGCAGUGCAGCCAAACAUGGUUGGCUACACUUGGCCAGGUGGGGCUUGGCCAGCCUGGGCUAUGCAACAGCCACAGCCACAACCGCCGCAGCAGCAGCCGGCAAGUAGCGAAGUGCCAAAAGAAGUGAUUGAGUAUGGUCAUACUCCUGGCCAGACCAUUGAUCACAACCAUGGGAACCAGUUUGGUCAAGCGCAGUCAUUUGACUACAACCAUGGCGGUCAAGAGAACCUUAGCAGUGGCUAUGCCCAGCCGCCACCGAACGCGCAGGCCUAUGGAGACAUGCAGGAGAUGCAUGGGGCGUGGCCCAACGUUGCCGAAGUGCCACAGUUCAGAGCCCAUCCCGGCAGGUUUCCACGUGACAGGGCCUUCGGUGGUAGGGACAGACGUAUGCCGUAUGAUGAGAUGAGUGGCUCGCCGCGUGGGGAGACUCCUCCCCAGGAGGAAGCACCUAUAUUAGAUGCUCAGAAGCGCAAGUCAUUACCACUGUGGAUUAGACAGGGACUUGAGAAAAUGGAGAUGGAAAAGAGAAAAUCCAACGAAAGGGAAAGAAAAAUUAAACAACUAGAAGAAGCGAAAGCAAAACGCUUGAAAGAAAUGGAAGAGGAAGAUAACGAAGGAGGGUCGCCGAAAGCACCAAGAAAAAGCAGAUUUGAGAGUGAUGAUGAAGAUGAGGAAAAUGAGAAGAGUACCAAAUCAGAAGAUGAGGAGGAAAGUAAACAGGUAGAAGAGGAAUCAGAAGGAGCGCGUUCUCCAUCACCCAUUGUAGAGCAACCACCGAUGACUGAACUUGAAAGGCAGCAAGAGCUGAUGUUGAAAACUCGCCGAAUGUUGACAGAGAUUCUACUUGAGGUAACGGAUGUGUUGGUGCGGGAAGUGGCUGCAGAAGUACACAAGAAGGCACGCUCAAAAGCACCAGCAAAGCAGCUAGCUUCUACCACUGCUUUGGCGUCAAUCACGGGCGGUCUUGGUCUAGCUGGCUACGGGUCGGACUCGGAUAACGAGUCGGCGGUGGACAGCCGAGUGAACAGUGGUGAGGAGGAGGAAGAUGACGGUGUGGACAGUGAUGCCGAGCUCCAGGACAGCAUUCGCGUGCGGCGCGCCGCCUUCCUGCGCAAGCUGCAGGAAACACAAGAGCAGCAGGUUGCCGCCGACGACGAUGACGACGACGACGACGAGUCGGGCAGCGACAACAACAAGAGCGUGGAAUCUAAAGAAUUGGAGAAGGAGUCGGCAGCUCAAGAUAUACCGGAGAGUGGUAAUCCACCGACAACAGAUGAGAAAGGGGGCUAUUAUUUUGAGAAGAAAAAUGAGGGAAUACCAGGGCUUGAUGUAAAACCAGAUUCAGUUGCUAGUAGUUCUGAUUCAGAAUCCUCCAGCAGUGAGUCGAGCAGUAAUAGCGAACGUGAGAGGCGAAGAGUGAGAAGUGAACGCUCUAGGGAUAAGAAACGAGACAAGAAGCACAGGCAUCGAUCGAAGAGCGUUGAACGACAUGGGAAAAAUAGAGACAGAAACGAUCGUGACAAACAUAAGCAUAAGAGUAGGGAAGAGCAUAGAUCAGGUGAAAGGUCGAGACAUAGGUCGACGAGAGAUAAGUCUAGAGAGCGUAGCAGGAGUGUAGAGAAACAUAGGCGACGGAGUAGGUCUAGAGAGCAUAGUCGGAGCGUAGAAAAGAGUAGGAGGGGCAGUACUAGACACCAAAGCCCAUCGCACAGUAAAGACGAGGAGAGGAGGCGGGCAAGGGAGAAAGAAAGGGUUAGGGAAAAGGAGAAGGCGAGAGAGUUAGAGAGGAGGGACCGGGAGAGGCACCGGGAGAGCCGCAGGAGUAAGAAGCGCAGGACUCGCAGCGGGAGUAGCGAGGGAAGCGGCAGUAGGGAACGCCGCAAGAAGCGCAGUAGAAAUCGCGAGUCGAGCGAAGAGAGCAGCCGCUCUCGUCGCAAGUCCAAGAAGUCGAAGCGCAGUCGCUCGCCCGAACGGCGCAGGCGAAAGGCGUCCAAGUAUUCCAGCGAGUCUGCGUCUUCGAGUCUGGAAAACGCACGCGGUUCUCCAGAAAGGUCUGUAUCAGAUGAAGAAGUGGAGGAAGAUAGAAAAAGAUCGGGUAAGAGGUCCAGUCGGAAGAGCAAGUCGAAUUCAUGAAAAAUGUUCCUGGUGUGAAUUGCACUCAUGAGCUUUUUUCUGCUGUUGUGUGGGUAAGUGUAAAGUUUACUAUUUGGACAACGAUUAGCUUCCUCAAGACGUGUGUAAUAUUGCCAGUGAGAGGGAGAAAAGUCAUUUCACUGUAAAUAAUGUUGAAAACACUACUUUGGGCUAAAUGCUUGAAGCUUUACGAUGCUUAUUUUCGCCACAAGGUGUCAUUUCGUACUAAUUGGAGAAGUGCUGAGAGAAUGCGUAGAAAGUUGAGAGGAAAAAAGAGGAGAGAUAUGGAGUGAGCGAGAGAGAGAGAGAGAAUGUAGGGGGGGGGGAGCAAGACAGAGAGGGAGAGACUAGUGAGAAGAGUUAAAUAGAGUGUAUGCCUGUAUUGUUGUACAGUCUAAACAUGUUAUAUAACUUGUUAUUGCUUGUGUUUAAUAACUGUGUUUUGGAACUAAAGGGAUAAUGCUUCUCCGAUCCAAAAUUUAUCAUUAUUUUCAGUUAAACUGGACUCUAUGUCACAUACAAUUUUUACUGGUCAAUAUGUGAUAAAUAGGGUCAAGAUUUUUUGAAAGCCAGAUUUAAGACAAUGACUGAUGCUUGUUCUGGAUAACGUUGCGGCUUGUGCUGCCUCCUGUGGUGAUGAUGUGAGUUUUGCUACAAAUAGAAAUUGAGUAGAUCCAUACUGAAUUCGACCUGACACCAGUUGUGUCAGCCAUUUACCGUCGCUAACAUUGUCGCAGCUAUUGAUGAAAUUUUGAAGCGACUAAUAAAAGCGUUAAUCGAAUUGUACAUCAUGAUACAUGUAAGUUUUUACAGAUAAUCAUGGAGACUUGAGUUAUUAAAUCUGUUCAGAUUAACAUUCCAAAAACAAAAACCUGAUAAUCAUAACUUGCGUCAUCAUCGUGGUGACCGGCACAAGCCUGCCAGCCUGCCAGGUUUCACUAUGAAGUGAGAGUCACAUAAUUUUUACUGAGCACAACAGAAGUUACAAACUAUCGUGGACAAUUAUUGCAAAUCCGUAACAAAAUUCACGAACUAUUACAGAACUUACAAAACAGAACUGCCUGCCACCACCUCAGUCAAAUGAAUUUAAACUGCGCAUGUACGUACACGUACUCGUGUUUUCUGCACAUUUAAAGCGCAUUUUCGGAAAGUUCUGUAACUGUUUGUAAAUUUUUUUUAUUACUGAUUUUUUUGUAGUUGCCCACAAGUGUUUGUAACUGUCUGUCAUUGUUCAUAACUUUCAACUCUUGUUUGAAUUGGGCAUGGAAAUGUUGAAUUUCUUGUGUUUUGAGCGAGUCAUACUAUAAUAUUACUAUAAUAUUAUUAUACACUCCUGAUAUUAGUAUAUCACCAUGAAGUUAUUUGAGUUGUUUAAUAGUACACAUUUGCAAUUCAAGAAUUUGUCAAAGUCUUGAUUGUCUACUCAGUGUUGGCACAGGUUUGCUAUAAUAGUAGCAGUUUAGCUUAGAACCAUGUACAUUUAUUUACGUGGUAUAACACACAAAUAAGUGUGUCGAGAUAUGGACCUUGGGUAUAGUUUAUAGAAUUCCUGUUUGGUAGAACCACCUUGUUAACGGACGGCAUUUGGAUAUCCCGACUGCAUCCUUAUCACUAUACGUGUGAUUGUUUUAUUAGGAAUAAAGAAUCAACGCCUGUCGUAGUACGCUUUGCUUCUUUGAGAUAUGAACAGCUCUGCAUGUGUUUAUAUGUAACAGUAAACGUUCUGAUAUCCUGCCAUGCCGAGAUAUCUCGGUCAGCUACUAUAAGUGUUUAUCACAAGUGUACAUAGUUGUCUUUUAAUCACAUCCUAUUAACGUUCGACUACACAGUAUGUAGAGUAUCAGCGUAAAACCAAGAAUUGUUUCUUAUAGAUGUGGGCUCAUAAAUUUUUUUUUUUACCUUUGUGAGUGAAAUCACUUUUGUGUAUGCAAUAAACGAUCGGCUUGCAAAGGACAAUGUCAGGAGGCAGAUGAUGUACUUGCAAUUAUGAUUCUGGGUAUAAUAAUAAUAGCAGCCAUCAAGGAAUUGGUGGAUGAGGACAGUGGUGUAAAAAGGCAGCGAUGCGUUUUCUGUGUCCAUAAAGUAACCAAGAAUAAGGAAUGUUAGAGGGGAAAUAGUGACAAAAUAUUCAUGAACUGGUUGGUUGUGAUUACUAUUUCUCUGCAUACUCAAGAAUGCCUCGUUAACGGGUUGUUGAGAUAUUAGACAGUAUGUUAAAAUUAAAGGUUUCGAACGCAUUAGACGAGAAAAUCGAAAGUAGUUGUCACAGGUGCAUUAGCUGGAGUAUGACCCCACCAUUGUAUAAAUACUUAUAACUUCGGCAGUAUUGAAAAUUGUUUGUGAACAAUUUCCGGGGCGCAUGUGUGACUUAAUCACUCCUCUUUUACUGUUAAUUCAUCAGUUCGUGUAACUGAUCAGCGUAACUGGAUCCAAAGCUAAAUAAUUCAGUGCACAAAUUCCAAAUUUAACAUUUUUCACCUUAUCGAAAGGUCCUAGCCAGAAAAACCCACCAGCAGAAUCCACAUUAUUUGUGUCUAUUUCAACCUUGUGCUUCUCUUUACAAUUUGCAUUUACUUAUUUUGGAAUCUGUUCAGGGUCUCAAUGAGCUUCUGACGAUAUGACGAUUGUAAAAUUACUGCAUUGUAGUUGGUUUAGAGCAUUCAGCAUGCCAUGAGAUAUAAGCCAAUGUUGCCUGUUGGAAAAUCAAUGUUCUCCGCCGGUCAAAUGAAACUGUCUGUACCUCGAAAUCCCUGUCGAACCUUAAGAUUGCAAUUAGUCACUGGCGAAUGUGAUUACAUAAAUGGCGACCUCUAAUGUUGACUAUUGAUGUAAAAAUUGCUGUGGAUUCUAGUUUAUCGCAGGAUGAUAAUUAUUUAUGGUAAAAACGAUUAGGGGGUGAGAGUUUUUGAAUCAUAACGUUUAAGUUCACAUCUACUGGCUUACGCGUAAUGAAUUGUAGCUAGACAGAGAUUUCAUUAAAAGCAUACGGCGAAAUUCAUCCACGUACGUCUGGCUUGUGCAGUGAGUGUAUUCUCAUACUGUUACAGCGUAGAACCCUUUGAGCCUUUAAUUAUCUUAUCUUUCCUGUUACUCAUAUUUUUUUUAAAUCUGUUUUGAGAAAACCGUUGGUUUAGACUACGCCUAGGUCUUUACAUGACAUACAGAUGCUCGCCAUAGCUCACAGUAGGUUGUUGAUUUAGAUGAUUAUCAAGACAUACUUCAAAAUAAAUAAUAAUGAAAACAUGUAGCUUCAUAAUGAAGAAUUGAAACGCGAAGUGUGUAUGGUACUCUUAUUUACAUUGUGGUUCUAGAACAUUUAAAUGACGUUAAUUGUCGACAACUCGCAUCUAAUAAUGUAGUAAUAUUAUGGCAUACUCUUGAAAAUAUAUAUGACAAAACAAUUAUUGCAUGCUUGUUGGGGCAACGUGGAGUUUUGUAGCCCUCAUAUAUUUUACCAGAAAACUGCCAUGUUUUCUUCACAGCCAUGCAAAAAUUGUAUAUUACUUCAACAAAGCUAAACAAAUGCUGUUGUGGAAUUUCUAAUGUUGAAAUAUACGAAGAAUGUGGAUUUCACUUGCAGGUUGCUAUUGGCAGGAGAUUUUGAAACGCGCCUAUUUUCAGGAUUUUAAGAUUGUGAAUUAGUACACAUUCUAUGUUCCAUUCUAUAUUCUGUGCUCGUUGGUCCCCUGUGUAAAUCGGGCCAUUAAAGGCAUCACGUCACAAAAAUUCACUUCUGUCAAAUUUUAUUUCAACUAACAUGGCCACGUUCUUGGCACCAAGUCAUAUCAUGACGUGUAGAUAAUUUAAAAAUAAUCCUGCUUUUGAGAAUAAAAAUGCAUCGAAGUAGCAUGAUUAACUUUCAGCGGGUCUUACUAAGAGAUAGUGAUGUAAUAAAAAGUAAACAAUGUCAAGUGUCCUUCAGUUUCGCAUUGACGCUAUACUGUUCAAAGAGAUACUCGAACUGAAUUUACUUUACUUACUAUAUAUAGCCAGACAGUACUUAUUAGAAGCGAGUGAGUUGAAACCACUGCGUACCUUAUGACGGCGCUUGCAUUCUGUUUGUUUCAUUUUUGUGAAGAUAUUUUUUUUACAAUGAAAUAAUUAACUUAUAAUACGAGAUAGCAGCACAGUUAUAGUAUUUCAUCAAUAUCAAGGGUCCGUAAUAGAACAUUUUUUGUGUCUAAUAGACUCUUGAUCUUUUGUGAUGUAAUAACUAAGUUUCUUCGUGAGUAAUUCACUUGCUAUAUGUGUAUUUUCAUACAAAAUCUAUAGCUGUGUCGUUUUCCAUCCUUGUAAGUAUAAGUGGUAUAUAUGGUAAUAUCAUAAAAUCGCCAUAGUUGCAUUAUGUCUUUCUUGCAUACACAAAUUUUGUGUAAAGUAAUAAAAUAGUAUUCUGAAUGAA